CUCGAGAAUUCACGCUAGAACCUUAAUAUGAGAUGAAGCAUUUCACUUCGCUGACUUCAGACUUCUGUUGGAACGAUUUCAUAGCUGGAUGGGUAGGCGGUGUUGCUGGAUUAUUAGUAGGUCAUCCAGCUGAUACAAUAAAAGUCAGACAACAGACGUAUGGAACAACAUUAUGGCCAUCAGUAUCACGUACUUACAAACACGAAGGUGUACGUGGUUUUUUCAAAGGAAUGUUAUUUCCUUUACUUACCACUGGGCCGAUAAAUUCAAUUUUUUUUGGUUUCUACGGUAAUACACUUCACAUUUUAGAAGAGGGCCGAUAUGCGAAAUCUCCAAGUGAUGAUCCACGAUACCUACAAAAUGUUUUUGUUGCUGGAUGUACUGGAGGAUUUGCAACCGUCUUUUUUACUUGUCCCAUUGAAUUGGUUAAAGUAGUCUUACAAGCACAUACUGAAGGAAAAGCUACAUGGGGUGCAGAUAAAAAAGGUGUAGUUAUUAGAAAAGGUAUGAUAAACUGUAUACGACAAAUUUAUAAGGAAGGUGGGUUUUCUGGAUUUUACAGAGGAUUCGUUCCGAUGUUGUGGAGAGAUGUUCCUUCUUAUGGUGUUUAUACAUGGGUUUAUGAAGUAUGUUUACACUACGUUUUUUCUCCUGGGAUAAUGAGCGAUGUGUCUCGACAAAUAUUUGCUGGUGGACUUGCAGGCGUUGUCUCUUGGAUAUUCUGUAUGCCUUUUGAUGUGGUCAAGUCGAGGAUGCAGGUGGACGUUCUAGCUUUGAGUUAUAAAGGAAUGUUCGAUUGCUUUCGAAAAAUGUAUUACGCGCACGGAAUUCUUGUAUUUAAUACCGGGUUUGUGAUUACAUGUCUACGGGCUUUUCCCGUUAAUGCAGCUAUUUUCGUUGGAUAUGAAACCGCAUCAAAUUUUCUAAGGAAUUUUGAACGUUAAUGAUACAUUAAUUGUCUAAGUCUAGUCAAUAGUGUUCGACUGAAGACACCUUUUUUAUGCACCACCUUCGGAAGUAUACAGAGGCCGAAUGUCUGCAGAUUUAAUAUGUCUCAAAUAAGUAACAAUUAUUAUUAAAAGAAAUAUGACAUGUAAUUGAAAUUACUGAGUUUAGUUGCUACACCAUCGCUAGUCAUCUGAUAUAAACAAUCUUCAUUCAGCUUCCACUAAUAUAUUCAAUCGAUUUUUUUGCAAUGAUGUCGAUAUUAACUGAGUGGCCAAAUGUUCAGUCGGACCUAGUAGUCACAACAAUUUAUACAAAUUAUUUAAAAUCUAGUGAAUUUUUUUUACUAUUCGAUUUUAAUUUUAUUUAUAAUUA